ACCACCUCGUCACCUUUUCCUCUCUCCUUUUGCAUGUUACUUCCAUGGUACAGAAUGAGGCUUUGCCUGCAACAGUGGAGAAUCAGCGUUGUUGGUGAGAACAACAGUUGACCCAGCAAUCCUCCAAAGCGUAAAAGCAGCCUCGCAAGUGCCAAAAAGUCAGAGUAGCAGCCUUAAGGAUCGACGGUGAAGUUUGCUCAGGUUUCAGCGGGUGAGUGAAACAAGAUUUUCUAAGUUUCCAUCAUCUUCUCUAAAGACACUGAGCCGAUUUAAUAUUUUUUGGAUCUACUCAGCACCGACAAUGAGAGAAGCAGUUCACCGUUGAAUUGUAAAACAAAAAAGUUUGAACAGUACCGACGUGGCCCCUAGGCUGCAGAAAAACAGCUGUUGCAUCUUGUGCCUGGACCGCUCAGCACGUUGCAGCACAAUGACAUUAAUGCUCCUUAGCAACUGAUGAGGACGUGCAACGUCGGGAUGACCAACCUGUAUUUGACAAGUGUGUUUUUCACCUUGUUGGAGAGACGAGCGAGGAAGUCAGCGAGAGGGAGCAGCGGAGGGGGGCCAAAGAGCCAGCGAGAGAAGGUGUGAAGCGACCGCUCAGAGAGGGAAUCAAAGCGGUACAGUGGGAAAGGCAUAAAAGCCGCAGGGAGUCGGAAACUCUGCCAGACUGAAGGAGUGAAGAAGAAGAAGAAAAAAAAAAAAAGAGUCGACAGUAUCAAAGAACUGGCCAAACGCCCGUUUACUGCAGCAGGAUUGUCUUUUGCCGACAAAGCCACAACUGGACAAUAGGAGACCUGCCUCGUCGUCUGUCAACCUGAACAAAAGGCACACCAAUCAUGCAUAUUGAUCCCUCAAACGGCACUUUUGACAACACCACGCACAUCCCUUCUGCUCCCCAUAGCCUUUGGGAGGUCAUUACCAUAGCAACUGUCUCGGCCAUUGUCAGUGUGAUAACUAUUGUCGGUAACGUUUUGGUCAUGGUGUCCUUCAAAGUCAACAGCCAACUGAAGACGGUGAAUAACUACUACCUGCUGAGUUUGGCCUUUGCAGACCUCAUCAUAGGAGUGUUGUCUAUGAACUUGUACACCACGUAUAUUCUGAUGGGCUACUGGUCCUUGGGAAGCCUUGCAUGUGAUCUUUGGCUAGCGGUGGAUUAUGUAGCCAGCAAUGCUUCCGUUAUGAACUUACUUGUGAUCAGCUUUGACCGAUACUUCUCCAUUACAAGGCCGCUGACUUACAGAGCUAAGAGGACUCCAAAGAGGGCCGCUAUCAUGAUAGGCCUCGCAUGGUUGGUCUCGUUUGUCCUCUGGGCGCCACCCAUUCUUUGCUGGAAGUACAUCGUAGGAGAAGAGAAGGAAUCGAUGGACGAAUGCCAGAUUCAGUUUUUAACAGAACCCGUGAUAACAUUCGGGACUGCGAUUGCUGCUUUCUACAUCCCCGUCUCCGUCAUGACGAUUCUUUACUGCAGGAUCUACAAAGAAACCCAAAGACGCACAAAAGAUCUGGCAGAGCUGCAAGGACUCGCGACUGAUAAUGUCCAAGAGGGAACUAAACCGCAGAAAACUAUUAUUCAUUCUUGUUUCAAUUUCACCAGAGAGAAGGGAGAUAGAAGUCAGGCUUCCUGGUCCUCGUCAAACCAAAGCAACGCCACAAAAACCACCACGAGAUCAGAUGAAGCGUGGGUUAAAGCCGACCAGAUCACGUCCUUCAAUAGCUACUCCUCAUCUGACGAGGAGGAGCAUCACGCUUCCAUUGAGACCCCGCAAAGAUCUUUGAGAGACAAAAGUCAAUCUGAUAAGAACGGCCAAGUGGCGGACUACACAGAAGAUCAAUAUUCGUAUUCAACGCCUUCAAAAAAGAGCAGUAAAAAAUGUAUUUCUUAUAAGUUCACACCAGCUCCAAAGGCUAAAAUAGGCACCCCUGCUCCUGCUUCUCCUCAACUUCCGGAAACCGAGGAGAAAAACGCAUCCCCUUCCUCCUCCACUACCUCCAAACCCAUGGACCCGGCUUUGAAAAACCAGAUCACAAAGAGGAAGAGAAUGGUUCUGGUUAAGGAGAAAAAAGCAGCACAGACCCUCAGCGCCAUCCUCCUGGCGUUCAUCCUCACGUGGACGCCGUAUAACAUCAUGGUGCUGAUCUCCACGUUCUGCGCCAAGUGCAUCCCGACGUCGCUGUGGCACCUGGGUUACUGGCUAUGCUACGUCAACAGCACCGUCAACCCCAUGUGCUACGCUCUGUGCAACAAGACCUUCCAGAAGACCUUCCGCAUGCUUCUGCUGUGCCAGUGGAGGAGGAGGAGAGGCGAGGACAAGCUAUACUGGUGUGGACAGAACCCCAACGCCAACAAUAAAAUUACUUGAUGUGUGAUAUGUGAGCCAUAGAAAGGGGCUGGAGCCUAGCCCAGCUGAUUGGUGGACACCUUAAAACUGGUCGCCAGUCAGUUUCAGGGUGAUGUUUAAUGGGGCAUUGAGUGGGAAUCAAUCCCACACAAGCUAUAUAAAAAUCAGCUAUGUGGACCACUACACUAUCAGUGGCCCUCAUUCGCUGCUUUCGUCUACAUGUUGAUAUUACUGAUAUUGUUUGUGAUCAGCAUGAAGUGCUGCAUGUGAUUUAUUUUUUUCUGAAAAUGAAGUUUAAGUUAUGGUACUAAAUCUUAUUAACAUUGUGGCUCGAAGGUGCUACUCGAAGACAGUUGCAGUAUUUCCUGGGGUGUUUACCAAACUUCAGAAAGUGUUUGUAAAUAAUAUAUUUUAAUCAUGCUUGUGAAUAUUGUCGUUGUAUUCUCAGGGCAUUCAAUCCAUUGCAAAAGGACUGUUAAGGUUUGUCUUAGAAGAUGUUUCGCCUCAUCUGAGCAGGCAUCAUGAAUUCAUGCUCAAAGACUAGGUAGGACAGCUCUAGUCUGGGAGCCCGGUGAGAGCCCAGUUGGACUAUUCAUUCAUUCAUUCAUUUUCUACCGCUUUUUCCUCACAAGGGUCGCGGGGGGUGCUGGAGCCUAUCCCAGCUGUCUUCGGCCGGGGUACACCCUUGACUGGUCGCCAGCCAAUCACAGGGCACAUAUAGACAAACAACCAUUCACACUCACAUUCAUACCUAUGGACAAUUUGGAGUUGCCAAUUAACCUAGCAUGUUUUUGGAAUGUGGGAGGAAACCGGAGUACCCGGAGAAAACCCACGCAUGCACGGGGAGAACAUGCAAACUCCACACAGAGAUGGCCGAGGGUGGAAUUGAACCCUGGUCUCCUAGCUGUGAGGUCUGCACGCUAACCACUAGACCGCCGUGCCGCCCCCAGUUGGACUAGAGGUGUCCUAUUUAGUCCAACUGCUGUGUGUCCCACCUCAGUCAUAUCCCACCAGGCUCUCAGACGAGAACUGUCCAAACUUGUCUGAUAGGUGGUGUACCACAGAGUCUUUGAGCAUGAAGUAGACUAGAGCUGUCCUAUUUACUCUGACUGGUUUGUGUCACACAUAAUCUUUGAGCAUAAACUCAUGAAACCUGCUCAGAUGAGGGGCAAAACAGUCCAGUUGUAACUGAUUGAAUGCCCUGAGUAAUUAUUAUGUUUUAAUUUAAAAAAACACACCCACAAAUAAUGCACCAUAAUAAAGAAUAGAGUGCAUUAUGUAUUAAAAAUAUAUACACUUUGUGUUUUUUUGUCGAUAUUAUAGAUUCAAAAAUCUUACUGGCAUUGCAAACUUUUCCCUUUGGUUACACUCCAUCUUUUUUUUUUUUUUUAAACGAAAAUAAAUAUUUUUUACACCUAAAGCUAAUCUAAUGAAAAAUAAUGUAUAAUGUAAUGCUUGAAUGUAAUUAUGUGACAUUUAUGUGUAUUUGAGAAAAAAAAGAAAUAAAUCAAUUUAUUUAUUCUGGAGUCAUAUUAAAAUGUGUGGCAAGUUCCUCACAUUGUCAUUUACACCUGCACUGUAAAUAUAUAUACAUAGUAUUUAUUUCGGUUCAUGAGUUUGUACAUUUACUUCAUGUUUCCUGCUUUUGUGAACUAUCAGUGGUUGCACUUGACGUUUUGUUCAAAGGGCUAACUGUUGCUUUGUAUUACUGUUAGUUUUAAUGUGAUAUUCAUUCAUAUAGUACAGAAAAUAAACAGCGAUGAAGAUCUAUUCUAGGCACCAUUUUAGCAUAACGACACCUAUUGUAUGUCUCCCUGAUGCUGUUUUUGCGACUGAAUCUGUGGUAAUUGUUUGUGCAGUUAUAGUAAAGUGGCUCUGUAUGUAUUAAUAUGACAUAAUAGUGAAAUACAAACUCAAUAGUUGAAUUAUAAUUUUCUCCACUUUAACAUUGACUCUGGCCUGAUUUGUACAGUUUAGGUCCUCUUUGUGCCAU